GCUCUGUUGCUUGUGCACUUGCAUGGGUCGACAGGACAUUUGUUUAGCAUCUUUUUCAUCUAUAAAACAAUAAAUUAUGGCGGGGAAAAAGGCUCUGGUGAUCCUGUCUAAUGGUGCAGAGGAGAUGGAGACGGUUAUUCCAACGGAUGUGAUGCGUAGAGCCGGGAUUGCAGUGACUGUUGCAGGACUGACUGGUAAAGAGCCAGUCACGUGCAGCAGGAAUGUAGUCAUCUGUCCUGAUGCCAGUCUGGAGGAGGCCAGCAAACAGGGUCCUUAUGAUGUGGUGCUUCUUCCUGGAGGGAUGCCUGGGGCCCAGAACCUCGCUGAGUCUCCUGCUGUGAAAGAGGUGCUGAAGGAGCAGGACGGGAGAAAAGGCCUGAUCGCAGCCAUCUGUGCAGGUCCCACAGCUCUUCUGGCUCACGGCAUCGGGUUCGGAAGCACGGUCACCACUCACCCCGGCAUGAAGGAGAAGAUGAUGGUCGGAGAUCACUAUAAAUAUUCUGAAGCCCGUGUUCAGAAGGAUGGACAUUACAUCACCAGCCGUGGGCCAGGAACCAGUUUUGAGUUUGCUCUCACCAUCGUCGAAGAACUUAUGGGGGCUGAAGUUGCAGCUCAAGUCAAAGCUCCUCUCCUGGUGAAAGACUGAGUGGAAUGAUGAUACUACUUAGACUAAUACAUACUGUACUUUGCACUUGCCCGGCAGACUUCAACGCAGACACUUCUAAUCCAUUAUAGCUGGCACAAAUAGUCAAUGUCACUUGUGCCAUAUUGCUAUUCCAGGGACUUAUGAUGCUACUUUGUCUUGCUAAGUGAGACAUUAAAGGUGCCCUUGAUGUCAAAAAGUGGAUGGAUGAGAAUGUAAAGCUUUUGAAAUGGUUAUAUAUUUUGGUUCAUAUGCCCUUUCCAAUGACUAUGUGAGUGAUCUAUAUUCAUUUACUGAUUAAAUUUCUUGUUUAUGGUCAUUAAAGCAUUUAAAAGGUAAA